UUUAAAAUCGAUUUCUGAUACACUUGUUAGAUUGAGACAAUGAGCAAGGGGGCGGCAAUAAUAGCUUAUGCAAAUCCCAUCUUUCAUAUUCGACAUCUAAAGCUUGAAUCUUUCUUGUGGAACAUCAUCAUUCGUGCCAUUGUUCACAAUGUUUCGUCGCCUCAACGACAUUCUCCGAUCUCAGUCUACCUCCGUAUGCGCAACCAUCGCGUCUCUCCCGAUUUUCAUACCUUUCCGUUUCUUCUCCCUUCUUUCCACAAUCCGCUUCAUCUUCCUCUUGGGCAACGAACUCAUGCUCAGAUUCUUCUUUUUGGACUUGACAAAGACCCAUUUGUCCGAACUUCACUGCUCAACAUGUAUUCUUCCUGUGGCGACUUGAGAUCAGCUCAGCGAGUUUUCGAUGACUCGGGCUCGAAGGAUUUACCGGCCUGGAACUCUGUGGUCAAUGCUUAUGCCAAAGCUGGGUUGAUCGAUGAUGCGCGGAAACUGUUCGACGAAAUGCCUGAAAGAAACGUGAUUUCCUGGAGCUGCUUGAUUAACGGCUACGUUAUGUGUGGGAAAUACAAAGAAGCGCUUGAUUUGUUCCGGGAGAUGCAAUUACCUAAACCAAACGAAGCAUUCGUCAGACCCAACGAGUUUACAAUGUCGACUGUACUCUCGGCUUGUGGGCGAUUGGGUGCGCUCGAGCAAGGGAAAUGGGUUCACGCUUACAUCGAUAAGUACCACGUUGAGAUUGACAUUGUCUUAGGCACAGCUCUCAUUGAUAUGUACGCCAAAUGUGGGAGCCUCGAGAGGGCGAAAAGGGUUUUCAAUGCCUUGGGAUCCAAGAAAGAUGUCAAAGCUUACAGUGCUAUGAUAUGUUGCUUAGCAAUGUACGGUCUCACAGAUGAGUGCUUCCAACUGUUCUCUGAGAUGACCACGAGUGACAACAUAAACCCAAACUCUGUGACAUUUGUGGGCAUUCUCGGUGCUUGUGUACAUCGAGGUCUAAUAAACGAAGGAAAAUCUUACUUUAAAAUGAUGAUUGAGGAAUUUGGUAUCACGCCAUCAAUCCAGCAUUAUGGUUGUAUGGUUGAUCUCUACGGAAGAUCUGGUUUGAUCAAAGAAGCAGAGAGCUUUAUAGCAUCUAUGCCUAUGGAGCCUGAUGUACUUAUUUGGGGGUCUCUCUUAAGCGGAUCAAGAAUGCUUGGGGAUAUCAAGACUUGUGAAGGUGCCCUCAAGCGACUCAUCGAGCUAGAUCCUAUGAACAGUGGAGCAUAUGUGCUUCUCUCUAACGUCUAUGCCAAAACAGGGAGGUGGAUGGAAGUCAAGUGUAUCAGACACGAAAUGGAGGUAAAGGGCAUUAAUAAAGUUCCGGGAUGUAGCUAUGUUGAAGUAGAGGGAGUGGUUCACGAGUUUGUUGUAGGAGACGAAUCUCAACAAGAGAGCGAAAGGAUCUAUGCUAUGCUCGAUGAGAUAAUGCAGAGGCUGAGAGAAGCUGGAUAUGUUACAGACACUAAGGAGGUUUUACUUGAUCUUAACGAGAAAGAUAAAGAGAUAGCUUUGUCUUACCACAGUGAGAAACUGGCUAUUGCGUUCUGUUUGAUGAAGACAAGGCCUGGAACUCCAGUGAGAAUCAUCAAGAACCUCAGAAUCUGUGGAGAUUGUCAUCUUGUAAUGAAGAUGAUCUCGAAGCUUUUUAGUAGAGAAAUUGUUGUGAGAGAUUGUAAUAGAUUUCACCAUUUUAGAGACGGGUCUUGCUCUUGCAGAGAUUUUUGGUGAUAACAAUUGCAGCAAUGUUUGUGUUGGAUUGAAUAAACACAUUACUGAAUUUUGGAGGUUUUGAAAUAAAAGAAUAAAAUAAUAAAAGAA